UGGGGUACCUGGAAUCGUUACUCACUGCCAAAAGGAACUCAUUUUCCUUUUGAGGGUUUACGUUUGGAGAAAUAGCUUUCUCUUCUCUGUAUGUAAGCUCAGCUACUGAAGCCAGCAUUUCCGGCAAUUUCCCGGUCGGAUCGCCGAUCAGGUGAAAUGAGAUGGCGUCUUCACAGCCUUCACAUAAUGUUGAAUUCGAGGCUGCAAAGUUUUUGCAGAAACUUAUUCAAGACUCUAAAGAUGAACCAGCAAAAUUGGCUACAAAACUCUAUGUGAUAUUGCAACACAUGAAAUCAAGUGGGAAGGAACAUUCAAUGCCAUAUCAAGUAAUAUCAAGGGCCAUGGAGACUGUCAUCAACCAGCAUGGUCUUGAUAUUGAGGCAUUGAUGUCAUCCCGCCUUCCUUUGACAGGUGGAACUCAAAUGGGUGACUCUGCAGGAUCUUCUCAGGCAGUUGGAGUUACAAAAGAUACUGCAGUGGGUUUGACUGAAAAUGAUGUAUCCAAAGUUGACCCUUAUGCUUCUAGCAGACCACCUGUUGGUCCAAGUGGGGCAGGACAUGAUUAUUAUCAAGCAUCUGGAACUCAUAGGAGCAGUCAGUCGUUCGAUCAUGAAAGUCCUUCUAGUUUGGACACUAGGUCUGCCAACUCUCAAUCCCAAGAAAGAGGGGUGAAUCAAAAGGAUGGAAAAAAGGCUGCUGCAAAGAGAAAGAGGGGUGAUUCAUCUUUUCCCACAGAACCACAUUCUGACCACUCACAACAACUUGAUGCUCGCAAUGCUGUUGUUAACCAGAGGAAGGCUAAAACAAAUAAGAUUGACUCACCAGGAGGUUUUCCUGCUCGAGGUGGUGACAAUACCUUUAGUAUGAUUUCCGGUGGCGGCCAGCUAGAAGUAUCCUCCACUCAUGUAUCUGCAGGACAACAACAAGGUGGCUCCUUGGCAUCUGCUCAUGAAACUCUUUCAUCCAGGAGCAUAUGGAGUCAAAAUAAAACUGGGUUAUCCCUUGAAAGAUCUCAAGUUCCUAGGUUUUCUUCUAAUUCUGUGUCUGGUAAUAUGACAACAGAAAUUCCAUUACCACAGUCAGCAGCUUCGUCUCUUGGACCUGGUUCUAUGAGCAAGGUUCAUGGUAUGAUGCCUGUCACUUCUAGUCCAUACCCGAUGGGGGAGCUAGGAUUCCCAGGUCAGGUCCAGUUCGGUGGAUCUGAACUUCAGAAGCAUGGAUUAGUUAAAGGUGCCAUAACAAGUCCUCCUGAGAAAGCCAUUGAAAAUCACUUUUCUCCUUCUAAUCGGGUGGAUGACUUUCCAGUUUCACUUUCCACUGGAAGGGUUUUGGAAAGUGAUGGAGGGAGUUCAAAUAUGCUAGGGGAUGCAAACAAGUUUUUUCAGGGUGGCCGGCAAAAUAAUAAUUCUGAAAUGACAAUGAUUAGAGCAGCAGCUCCCAGAGAUGUUGGAAAAUUGCCUGUUCCUCAGUCUGGCAAUCCUUUCAAGGAUCAACAAUUGAAACAGCUCAGGGCGCAAUGCCUUGUCUUUUUAGCAUUCAGAAACGGUUUGGUGCCAAAGAAACUGCAUCUUGAAUUAGCACUUGGAAAUAUCUUUCCUAAAGAUGGUGGUAAUUCAGAUGGUCCUCGUAAAGAGCUAAUUGAUCAUAAAGGAAAGGCGCAAUCUUCUCAUGAGCCAAGUAGUACUCCUGAAGUUCCAAUGCCAUUUGGGAGGCUGAAUAAUGCUAGGGAAAACGAGGGAGUUCCUUCAGGUGCCUCAUCUAGAAUCUUGGAUGGCAACCACUUGUCUAAAGAAGCUGAGAAAUUGAAAGCGAUGGAGGAUAAAAGCGGUCCACCUUCAGACCUCUCGGCACUUGCAGAAGAAAGGCAACAUAUUUUUGCUGCUAGAAAACUGGAGGCUGAAGUGCAGAGCCUGGGAAAAGUGGAAUCACAGGCAUUGUUCACAACUGCAAUGCAGCAUCCUGACUCUGCAAGGGGUGGUUUGACCUCUAAUAACCCUGUGGACAACAUGGAGAAUGGCAAUAUGCAAGCAGGAAGGGCUGACCUAGGCUCAACUGUACUGAGCAUAAAUAAACCUGUCAAUCCCGAGGCAGUUAGCUGGACUGGAAUAGGUAGUCAUAAUGAAGUUCUCCGUGGAUCCCUACCAUCCACCGCUAUUCAGCAUGAAUUGGCACUUGACAGAAAAGAUACUGGUUCUAUUCAUUUUCAAAGUCUUGGCAAUGGUACUGUUUCAGAACAAGAUGAUGAGGACAGGUCAGCUUCUACAGAUUCCUUACCAUCUCCAAAGCAUACAAUGUCAGAGAAAUGGAUUAUGGAUCACCAGAAGAAGAAACUCUUAUUAGAGCAAAGUUGGACCCUAAAACAGCAAAAAGCAAAACAAAGAAUUGCUACUUGUUUUGACAAGUUAAAGGAAAGAGUGAACUCAUCUGAAGACAUUUCUGCAAAAACCAGGAGUGUCAUAGAAUUGAAAAAGCUUCAGUUGCUGGAGCUUCAACGCCGUCUUAGGAGUGAUUUUCUGAAUGAUUUUUUUAAGCCAAUCACUGCUGACAUGGAUCGCUUAAGAUCAUAUAAGAAACAUAAGCAUGGUAGAAGGAUAAAACAGCUUGAAAAAUUUGAGCUGAAAAUGAAGGAAGAGCGACAAAAGAGGAUUCGUGAGAGGCAGAAGGAGUUCUUUGCUGAGAUAGAAGUUCACAAGGAAAGGCUGGAUGAUGUAUUUAAGAUUAAGAGAGAACGGUGGAAGGGCUUCAAUAAGUAUGUGAAGGAGUUCCAUAAAAAGAAGGAACGUAUCCACAGGGAGAAGAUUGACAGGAUUCAGCGUGAGAAGAUUAAUUUACUAAAGAUUAAUGAUGUAGAGGGGUAUCUGAGAAUGGUGCAGGAUGCAAAAUCAGAUCGUGUAAAGCAACUGCUGAAGGAGACUGAGAAGUACCUUCAAAAGUUAGGAUCCAAGUUGCAAGAGGCAAAGGUGAUGGCAAGCCGUUUUGAAAAUGACAUGGAUGAAACACGAACUGCAACUAUUUUUGAGAAGAAUGAAACUAUUUUUGAGAAUGAAGAUGAAAGUGACCAAGCCAAGCACUACAUGGAAAGCAAUGAGAAAUACUAUUUGAUGGCUCAUAGCAUAAAAGAGAGCAUUGCGGAGCAGCCAGCUUGUCUUCAGGGAGGAAAACUAAGGGAGUACCAGAUGAACGGACUGAGGUGGUUGGUUUCACUAUACAACAAUCAUUUGAAUGGCAUUCUUGCUGAUGAAAUGGGACUUGGGAAAACAGUUCAGGUUAUAUCUCUUAUUUGUUACUUGAUGGAAACAAAAAAUGAUAGAGGUCCUUUUUUGGUAGUUGUACCUUCCUCAGUUUUACCGGGAUGGGAGUCUGAAAUCAAUUUCUGGGCCCCUAGUGUACAUAAAAUUGUUUAUUCUGGUCCUCCAGAAGAGAGGCGUAGACUAUUCAAGGAAAAAAUCGUGCAUCAGAAAUUCAAUGUGCUUUUGACAACAUAUGAGUAUCUGAUGAACAAGCAUGACAGACCAAAAUUGAGUAAAAUACAUUGGCAUUAUAUUAUAAUUGAUGAAGGUCAUCGCAUAAAGAAUGCUUCUUGCAAGUUGAAUGCUGACUUGAAACACUAUCAGAGUGCGCACAGAUUGCUAUUAACUGGAACACCGCUGCAGAACAAUCUUGAAGAACUGUGGGCACUACUUAACUUUCUGUUGCCUAACAUUUUUAAUUCAUCAGAGGAUUUUUCUCAAUGGUUCAAUAAACCAUUUGAGAGUAGUGGUGAUAAUUCAGCUGAUGAAGCUUUACUAUCUGAAGAGGAGAAUUUGUUGAUCAUAAACCGUCUUCAUCAAGUUCUUCGACCAUUUGUUCUUCGGAGACUGAAACACAAGGUUGAGAAUCAACUACCUGAAAAGAUCGAGAGACUUGUAAGGUGUGAUGCUUCUGCAUAUCAGAAGCUUUUGAUGAAAAGGGUAGAAGAAAAUCUUGGCUCAAUUGGAAAUUCAAAGGCUCGAUCUGUGCACAACUCAGUUAUGGAGCUCCGUAAUAUCUGCAACCAUCCUUACCUUAGCCAGCUUCAUGUAGACGAGGUUGAUAAUUUGAUACCUAAGCAUUUUCUACCACCAAUUGUGAGGCUUUGCGGGAAGCUUGAGAUGCUAGAUCGAUUACUACCUAAACUAAAAGCAACAGACCAUCGGGUACUUUUCUUUUCAACAAUGACUAGGUUGCUUGAUGUGAUGGAGGAGUAUCUCAGUAUGAAAAAGUAUCGGUACCUCCGGUUGGAUGGUCAUACAUCAGGGAAUGAUCGUGGUGCCCUCAUUGAUUUAUUUAACCAACCAGACUCUCCCUAUUUUAUAUUUCUGCUCAGCAUUCGAGCUGGUGGUGUUGGAGUAAAUCUGCAAGCUGCUGAUACUGUGAUUAUAUUUGACACUGACUGGAAUCCUCAGGUGGAUCUUCAAGCACAAGCAAGGGCUCACAGGAUUGGUCAGAAGAGGGAUGUGCUUGUUCUUCGAUUUGAAACGGUCCAAACGGUUGAAGAACAAGUCAGGGCUUCAGCUGAGCAUAAAUUGGGAGUUGCUAAUCAGAGCAUUACUGCUGGUUUCUUUGACAAUAAUACAAGUGCAGAAGACCGUAGGGAAUACUUGGAGUCCCUUCUACGGGAAUGUAAGAAAGAGGAAGCUGCCCCUGUAUUAGAUGAUGAUGGUCUAAAUGAUAUCUUAGCUCGCAGUGAAUCAGAGAUUGAUGUUUUUGAAUCAGUUGACAAACAGAGGCGGGAAGAAGAGAUGACAGCAUGGAAGAGUUUGCUAUUGGCACAAGGGUUGGAUGUUACUGAGUCUUCACCUCCCCUGCCCUCUCGCCUGGUAACGGAUGAUGAUUUGAAAGCAUUCUAUGAAAUGAUUAGGUUGUAUGAUGUACCAAAGGCUGAGGCAGUUCCUAAUGUUGGGUUGAAGCGGAAAGGCCAGUCUCUUGGAGGCCUUGAUACUCAGCACUAUGGAAGGGGAAAACGAGCAAGAGAGGUGCGCUCUUAUGAAGAGCAAUGGACAGAAGAAGAAUUUGAAAAGAUGUGUCAGGUUGACUCUCCUGAAUCCCCUAAAGUGAAGGAAGAAAUUGCUGAAAGGAAUUUGCCAAAAGAUGCUAGUUCAUCAGUGGUGGCGGUUGUUAGCACAGAAGUUCAGGCUCCGCUCCCACCACUUCCACCGCCACAAUCUGUGGAGCCUCCGCAACAGCAACAAAGUAAAGACGUAACUCCACCAUCAAAGCGGGGACGUGGAAGGCCAAGAAGAACAACUUUUGAUAAAUCUCCAACUGCUGUGGUAGUUCCAGCUCCUUCUGGAAGUAUUAAAGUGGAUAUGGUGUUGCAUAAAGGAAUUGAAUCUAUCUCAUCAAGUCCCUAUUCCCAGAAAGGAAUUGGGUCUAUCUCAUCAAGUCCCUUUGCUAAUAAUGUUUCAACUGGUUCUUCUAAUUUAGGGGGUGCUAAUGGAGCCACAUCUCAGUCUAGUGUAGGUGUUCCUAGUCCUCAGCCUACAACCCCUUUAGUUUCUGUCACACCAAGCGCACAAACCACUUCUGCUUCUGUUGUUACACCUAUCUCACAACCCAUUUCUGCUUCUGUUGUCCCACCUGGCUCACAACCCACUUCUGCUUCUGUUGUCCCACCUGGCUUGCAACCCGCUUCUGCUUCUGUUGUCACACCUGGCUCACAACCCACUUCUGCUUCUGUUGUCACACCUGGCUCACAACCUACUACUGCUUCUGUUGUUACACCUGGCUUACCAUCUACAGCAGCUGGCCCUUCUCCACCUAUCCAAUCAAGAGGACGAGGUCGAAAGGCUCAGAGUGGAGUACAAGCACCACGACGCAGGGGAAAAAAACAGGAGCCAGUAAUGUCUCCUGCUGAGAAUUUAGUUAUUGCUGAUCCAAUUAUAAGUGGACAAUCACAGAAUAUAUCUGCUAAUCCAUUGGUCAGUGCCACAAGUGAAACAGUUCCUAGUGUUGCAAUGGCAGCUGUUCAAACUAAAUUACCUGGGUCUAAUGCUGUAGAAGAUAUUAGGGCAACUCAUCAUUCUGCACCAGGGAUUGCUUUGGAUUCUAAGUCAGCCCCACCUAUUACUGUCUCUGCUGCUGCUGAAACACCCUUUCCUUGUCCAUCUGCUCCUAUGCAAAUAAAAGCGCAAAGCCGGAAGACACAAACUGGAACAGGAACACCGCGGCGUCGAGGAAGGAAGCAAGCAUCAGUUACACCUGCUGUUCCAGAUGCUUUGGUUAGUCAGGUUCCUAUGUCAGAUCCACUUUUACAGAAUAAAUCUGAGGACUUGGUAGGGAGUAAAGACAUUUCCAUUACAAGUAACCAGCAGAAAUAUGAUCGUGAACCAAUCAAUGUUAACCAGGAGCAAGCAUCCAGAAUAGCUGCUCAGGGUCAAAAAUCCACUGAGCAUUUGGAUGACGUAAACCAAAAUGAGCAACCAGUCAGCUCAUCAACAACAAAUGAUGGCACACAACCCAGACAGACUCCAAAUGCUGCUUUGCAUGAUGUGGUUACUGUGGCAAAGGACUUAGCAGUUGGAAGUAGCUUAUCGAUAGCUAAAAUGGGUGGGCCAGGUAAUGAAGGCGGGAUUGUUCAGAAUGUACCUUUGUCAAGCAAUACCUUCAUAGAGGUGGUUCAGAGCCAAAGCUCAGAGAAUAAAGCACCCCAUGUUGUUGGUCCUCCAACUAAGUCAGCACCAGGUAAUGCUGCUGCAGAAGGCUUUGGGAAACCCAUUCAUGAGGCUUCUGUGACGAUUGCUGCCAAUUCUCAGCCCAUUGCAAUUUAUCCUUCUGUCUCUCCAACUUCACAAUCUAUCCCUACUGAAACCAUGCAAGUUAAAAGGCAAGGCCGAAAGGCUCCAACUAGAGCAGAAGCACCUAGGCGUAGAGGAAAGAAGCAGGGUCCAGUUUCACCUGCUGUUGAUGUGUUGGUUGGUCAGGAUCCAAGAGUAAAUCCACAAUUGCAGAAUAAAUCCCAGGAUUCAUCAGGAAGUAAAGUGAUGUCUUUGAGAAGCAGACAAGAGACUGAUCCUAAGGAACCUGCCAAUGUCAUUCAGGAGACAUAUUUGCCCAGUGGAUUAGUCGGUCAAGAUCUAAAAAGAAAAGAUACUUGUGGAACUCCUGCUUUUGGCCGAAUUCAGACAGCUGCUAUUAAUGAUGUUGCUCGUGUGAUGAAGGAGAUUUUCUCAGAGACUUGCUCAUCAAAAAAUAAGAUGGGAGAUUCUUCUAGAAAUGAAUGUAGAAAUGCCUCUGUUGUACCUUUGGAGAGUAAGACAACUGUGGAGGUUCUGGAAAACCAAAGCUUAGAGGAAAGAAGGGCCCCUGUUAUACCUAUAGAGAAUAAGACACCUAUGGAUGUUCCUGAAAAGCAAAGCUUUGAGGAAAGAACGCCUUCACCUAUGCCAACUCCGGAAAUAGCAAAUCCAGUUGUGGGGACUUCAAUAAACGUUUCUAAAGAGUCUGAGUCUGGUGUUGAUGUCAUGAUGGAAGAGGACCAUGCUCCUGUUUUGGGCAAGUCUCUUAUUCAGAAAAAUGAUGACUCUGCUGAAAGUGUAUCAGAUUCAGGACUAGGUUCUUGUGAAAACUCUAUCACGGGGAUUAAUGUGGGGGCCACCUGCACUGUCCCAGUCAGUGUUGGUGAAAAGGAGAUUGUUCCUUCUUGUAGAUCAGCUCCUAAUGAAUUUACUGGCCCUGAUCCAGGGUCCGCUGGGUGUGAAGUUGUUUCAGGGGUUUUAUCUCAAGACCCAGCUGAGACUUCAAUGACACAGGAUGAACCAGGAAAUCAAUCAGUUCAUUCUUUGAAAAAGCCACCAAAAACUUCUCUUCCUGAUAUUAGCAGUCUUGAAAACACCAGAAUUUCAGGGGAAGCUGCUGAUCUUUCCACAGCGACUCUGCCUGUUUCAGCAGUAAUGGAGUCCUUUGAUAAGAAUUCAAUAAAGAAAACAGAGGUCCCAUUGAAACAAUUAAUUCCACUGGUCAUCGGUUUAAAAAGCACUAAAAUUUCUGCAAAUGCUGAUGGUGUUGGUUUUCAUUCUGGCAGAACCACAAAAGUUCCUCAUAGUCCUAGUCCACAUUCAGGUGCCAGAACUAUUCCUGCUAUGACUGAGAUUGUCUCUGGAAAUGUUAUUGAACCUUCUCUACAAGAGUUAGCAGAUUCUAGAAGCGUCAAACAUUCUCCAAGUUGCACAAAAGCUGUUGAUGUUGGUGUUGUCGAUCAUCCUACAGAGUCUCUACCAAUUUCUGGGAGUCCUUACUAUUCAGAAAAUGUGAAAUUGCCUGAAAUGGUUCUGAAUGAUGAUAAAACUGAAAAACAGCCGCCUUCAAAAGAGUCUCCAAAACCUUGUCCUCUUGCUAUUGAAAAUCACAAAGACCCCACUUCUGGAACAUCUGAUGCUUUGUGUGAUAAUCUUCCAGUGGCUAGAUGUAUUUCUACAAGUCAAGCUCAUUUAGAUAAUGUUGAUUUGGUUGACAGUACUUCUGGCAGGUCUGCUUCAGAAGAUAAGGCUGGAGGUUUCUCAGGUGAAGCUGUUGUUGAAUGUUUGGAGGCUUCUGAAAAGGCCAACAGUCUGGGAGCUGAUCUCCAGCAGGCCGAUGUAAUUUCUGAUCUUGAUAAUGCCACCUUGGAGGCUUCUUCUGAUCAGGAUAAAUUGGAAGAUCUAUCUUGUAGGGUUGAAGAUUUGCAUUCAGUUGCUUCUGAGUCCACUAAUGAAGUCCUUCCAAAAGACCAUGGCGGGGUUCAACUACCACUAGCUGUUAGAAGUAGUGAGAGUGAUCAUGUUAAGGGUUGCGAUAUGGAAGUUGACACCUCUGAAUCACGAGAUCCUCCAAAUGAUUUUGUUACUACUUCUACCAAUAUACAUGAUGUUUCAGAAGACACUAGUAGAAUGCAACUGUCUCUUGGAGGCACUGAGGCUGGUAAUCUCAAGGUUUGCAAUGUUGAAAACCAAGCAUCUUCACCAGAAGUUGUCAUUUCUGAAUCUGCAAACACAGAGAAAGAUAAUUGUGGAGCUGACUUGCAGCCAGGGGUUGGAAGUGAAAGGAGUGAACAUGUUGCUGACUGUGAUGCAGGAGUAAAGUUGUCAGAACCAUGUGCAAGCUUGCCAAAUGAUAUUGCUGCUGACUCGAAAAACACAGAGGACAGUUCUGAAAUGAAUGUUUUGCAGGUUGGUGAGGUUAUGCUACAAAAUAUUUCCCAGGUUUCUCUUCCUUCAUCCUCUGUUGAAAUAGUUGGCAGCUCAUUAAAGUCGGAGGAACCACAAGGAUCUGAAGCAGAAAUGGGUAAUCAGGGGGAUGUCUCUCAAGUUGGUGAGUUUGUGCCAAAAUAUUUAUCAGAAAACACGGUUUUAUUGUCAUCUUCAUUGACGAUGGAGGAAGAAAAGAACAAGGGAUCAUCUGAGAAGGGCUUAUCUGGCAGCUCAAUGACACUAGAGGAAUCAAAAGGAUUUGAAGCUGAAAUUAUCCAUCAAAUGGAUGAAUCCUGUAAUACUACGGUGCCAGUGAUUACACCAGCAAAUGAGGCUAUAGAAGAUGAAAAGAUGAAUAGCCAAUCUGAGAAGAAUCCAAUUUGCGACCUAGAACAAGAGGAAUCAAAAGGAUCUGAACUGGAAAUUGGGGGUGAAUCUGAGGUUGGUGUGGUUGUGCCUGAAUCUGUACCUGAAAACAUGGUUUUGCCAUCUUCUUCCUUGGCAAUGGAGGAAGACAAGGCUGAUGACUCAUCUGAUGAAGGUCCACUCUGUAGCUUAGUAGAUCCACUGAAAUCAGAAGAAUCUGAAAGUGAAAAUAAUAAUCAGUCGGAUGUUUCUAAGGUUUUUGAUGUUGUACCUGAAAUUGUAUCAGAAAAUAUGGUUUUGUCAUCAUCUUCCCAGGCCAUGGAUGAUGACGAGGCUAAAAACUGUUCUGAGGUGAAUGAAAAUGGAGGCUCAGUGGCAGAGGAAUCAAAAGGAUCUGAGACUGAAAAAAGCAACGAAUUAGUUCUAUCUCAAGUCGUUGUAACUUUGUCUGAAACUUCAUUAGAAAGUGAUGUUCUGCUUACAUCUUGCUCUGUAAUGGAGGAUAAAACGACAGUGUGUGUGCCUGAGAAGAGCUCUGAUGGCAUCUCAGUAGCAUUUGAGGGAUCAAAGUCUGAAAUAGACAACAGCCAUCAAAUGGUUGAAUCUCAAAUUGAUGGAGUAGGGCCUGAAAAUUUUCAGGAUGAUAGGAUAGAGCCUGAAGGUUCUCAGGUUGGUAACAUUUUGUCUGAUGAUAAAUCUGGAAAUGUGGUCCUACCUACAUCUGUCUCAGUGGUUCAUGAAGAGACUAUUGAGGAUUCACCUUGUAUGAUUCCAGAAGGAUCAAAAAAGUCUGAAGCUAAAAUAGGUGAACAAACUCAGUGUGAUGGGGAUGGUUUUUAGAAAAAAUGUGUUGAAAAAUCAAGUCC